CCUUGAAUCCAGCACAGUGUUCACUUUCACUUCUCAGAAGAGUGAUGGAUCGAAUCCAGCACACGUCCGUGAAGGUUGGUGAUGGUCUCAAUCUCCACGUCGCAGAAAUAGGAAGCGGUGGAAACGCCGUCGUAUUCUUGCACGGUUUCCCUGAGAUAUGGUACUCGUGGCGACAUCAGAUGAUAGCUCUUGCCGAUGCUGGAUUCAGAGCCAUCGCCUUCGAUUACAGAGGCUAUGGUCUCUCCGAUCCUCCAUCCCAACCCGAGAAGGCCACCUGGUCCGAUAUUCUCAACGACCUCCUUCAUAUUCUUCAAGCUCUUCAUCUUCCAAAGGUGUUUAUUGUUGGAAAAGAUUUUGGAGCUCCUCUUGCAUAUCUAUUUACCAUUCUACACCCUGAAAGGGUCUUGGGAGUUGUUACAUUGGGAGUUCCGUUUGUUCCACCAGGACCCUCUCUCUUUCACAAAGUCUUUCCUGAAGGCUUCUACAUUUUGAGAUGGCAGGAACCUGGAAGGGCAGAAGCUGAUUUUGGACGCUUUGAUGCAAAGACUGUUGUGCGAAAUGUUUACAUCCUUUUCUCAAGAAGUGAAAUGCCAAUAGCUAAUGAAAACCAGGAGAUCAUGGAUUUGGUGGAACCUGAUACUCCUCUUCCCGCUUGGUUCACGGAGGAAGAUCUUGAAACAUACGGAGCGUUGUAUCAGAAAUCUGGAUUCCAAACUGCAUUGCAGAUUCCAUAUAGGUCAUUAGGUGAGGUGUUUAACUUACCAGAUCCUGUGGUUAAAGUUCCAGCAUUUCUGAUAAUGGGUGGCAAGGAUUAUAGUCUGAAGUUUCCAGGGAGAGAGGAUUUAACACAGGGUGAAAAAGCAAAAGAGUACGUUCCCAAUUUGGAGGUUACAUUUAUCCCCGAGGGAACUCAUUUCGUUCAAGAACAGUUUCCCUCACAGGUGAAUAAACUUAUCCUCGACUUCUUUGGCAAACACACCUGAUAUUAGACUUAAGCGUGGAAAUAGCCACGAAUGGUCUAUGUUAUGUGAAGUAUGGGAUGAAGCUAAAAGAUCUGGAGUUUUUUAAAAUGUUCCAGUAUGAGUUUUAUGAUAAAAAUAAAUGAUGGAAGCAAAGAAAUGUACAGUGACAUUUAUUUCUUUUGGAAGCAAAGAAAAAAGGAUACAUUUUAUUGAAAAGAUUCAUGAAAUUCGUCGAUUCAUUCCUUAA